AUGCGUUUCGGAUCGCAGAUCGCCUGGCUUUUUGUCGCUGGAGGCGCCCUCUCCUCGGCGGCCAGCAGCUCCAACUGCUCUCUCACUUCUAGUGACACAGACGUCCUUGAGUACACCUGGGUACUGUCGAACUUCCUGAACUCGUUUUAUCAGACCGUUCAGCUCAACCAAAGUGUUGCCUCCUUGGUGUCCAACAGCACCAGCAGCUCUAAGGCUCUCGAAAACCUCGAGGGCAUUGUUCACGCCGACAACCUGACUGCCGAGGCUGUGAGAGAGGUCAGCUCCCAGGCCCCCGAUUUCAAGGAGCCUUCAUGCCAAUACACCUUCCCUCCCGUCAGCGGCAUUCAGUCGUUCGUCAAGUGGGCCUACCAAUUUGAGUCCACCCUCAGUGGCGCUUUCAUUGGUGCUGCUGGCUACACCCAAUCGCCCGAGGUCGCCUUUUUGCUUGCUCGCCUCGCCGCUGAACAUUCCGCUCACGCUACCUGGAUUGGUAGCCGUGUCAACUCUUCCAUGUUCCAGGCAAAUGCCACUUCUUUGGUCCCCGCAUACGCCCCUAGCCAGGUCCUUCUGAAAACAAACGAGACUGGUAGUCUGGGAACGUACCUCGGCGACUGCGUCUCUGCUCCGAAGAACCCAUGCGGUGUUCUUCAGAUUGGUCCGCUGGAAGCGAAUAUCACGUCCAGCUCUGCGGCAGGUUCCUCGUCCAGCUCUGUGGCAGGCUCCUCCACCCCUCUGACCAGCGCCUCUGCCACUGCCACCGCCACCUCGUCUUAA